AUGCGCAUUCUGCCCAAGGCGGUGUGGACAGUGCGAGAUCACAUCACAUCAACAACGAACGGUUCUUGCAAGAGCUUCAACGGAGUUGUCUCGCUGCGUCACGGACAACUGAUAUCCCUAACAUGUCGCGCUGCGCGACAUCGACCUUCGUCUGCUGUCGUCAGACAAGCCGACCAACCACCACGACGAAUGCUCAGCUCGACGACCAUCUCUCGCCCCCAGUCUGCUACCUACUACGACAGUCGCCGACACAUUUCUAACCAUCCCUCGAGAUCCGCCUUGCUCUCCGCAAGGAGGCACCCGGCACGCAGUCUUCUACUCCCGUCGUUCAUCACCAACAACAACAGCAACUCCGCGGCAUUCUCAACAACAACGACCAACAGGUCAGCAGUGGCGACCUUAAAUCCGAGGGUCGACGACGAUGGGAAUCCAAUGUAUAUUGAGAUAUCGCCCCGGGCAGCAAAGCGGCUGAGUGAGAUAACCGCCUCGUCAGAAGACGGUCAGCAUCUACGGGUCACAGUAACAAGUGGCGGAUGCCAUGGCUUCCAGUACAUGAUGUCUCUGGAACCUUCUUCCAAACUGGACGAAGCCGAGGACACUGUCUUUGAAGCCACUGACACCAACGAGCAAUCGCCGCAUGGCCAGGCCAGAGUCGUGAUGGAUCAACCGUCACUAGAGCUUUUGUCUGGUAGCACGGUUGACUAUACCACAGAGCUGAUUGGUAGCCAGUUCAAGCAAAGAACAGGGGGCUAUGCACAUCCCUACCGCUGGUCUGGCAUUUCAGCUCAGCUCAGCUCAGCUUCUGACUCAUACACUCACUCCUACACUGCACUCCCACGCCGCAGCCCAUCAUGCCGGAUAAAUGGCCAGCUAAGUAGAGAGUUUACUCUGGGCCGCAUUGAUGAAAAAAUCCGAGAAGGCAUAGCCAUCUCUCCGGAAGAAGAGCCAGUGCUCUCGAGAGUCUUGCAAUCGCUAUGCAACGACGACGGACUCAUAAGCGAGGCUGCAUUUCUCGCCCUUUUGCAAACAAACACGGACCUACCUCGGUCUCCAGAGGGAACCAGAGCUGGGAAAAUCGUAUAUGCGAGCCUCGCAUAUCUCAGCACUUUGCCAUAUCCCAGCAGCAACCGGGACUCGGCCUCCCAGCCUGGCCUCUCCCAAGCCCAAAUCACUCGAGCUUUGGUGUGGGCGCUCCCAAGCACUCACUCAUCCUUUAUAGAAGAAAGCAAUUUCUCCCGAAUGCGAACCAGAGCAGACCACCGCAGAUUGAUUUUCCAGAGCCUGGCAUCAACCACUUGUCAUAGCCAGCCGUACGAUCCCGAAAGUGCUCGCCAACUGGCACUACGCAAUGCCUUGGAUACAGAUUGGGAAGGCCACCUUGAUCUUUGCGCCACAAAUCAUGACGAUGACGGUGACGAGAUCUAUCAUGACCUCCUCGACGUGCUCUACUCCACACAGAUCGUGAAGCACGCUGGCCUGGCCCCCGUCCCCCGGGAUGCAUUCCGGCCUAUCGCAAAACGCAUCGCCGCAGACAACGAGCUGGCUUCCUUGUACUCACUCGGCAUUCCCGCAGAUGACUUUGUUUCUCUCGCCAAGUUCCUCCUGGCAUUCCAGUUUGAUGUUUCCGAAGGAGUGGAUCUCAAUCAGUUUGAUGCUGCUGCAAAGUCGCUAUGUGCUACUUUCUGCCAGCAAAACGAAGGAGAAGUUAUUACUUGGCCGAUGUUUGACCACAGCCUCAAGACCAUUGCGCCGUAUCUCUUCGACCCCCUGUAUCACAUGAUCACACUCGCAUUUCUGGAUAAGGAGGGGUUUUUUCUGACUGGAUGCGAAUCAGGCAAUACAAUAGAAGGGAGCAUCCUCACAGUGCCCCUGAUGAGCCAGUUGUCCACUUUUCUUGCCGGGUGUGCAUACAUACCCGAUUUUUGCCGCUGUCAACAUUACAGCAAAAAAGUUCGUCCAACACCGACUGCAUUCGUGAGGGCAUUAGAAGAUGUCCCCGACGAGGCUUUUAUGUUUCUUUCAGGGAAAAGUUCAACAACGGGGGAGACAUUUGUUUUCGGUGUCUUCAGCCCCAAACCCAAACUGGACGGCGCCAGUAUACAGACCAGCAUCGUUCCAGGCCAGGUGGGUCUGGAACCAUGCUCAAUUUUCCAACUCGCUCCAAUUCAGGAUGUCUUCAGAGGAGUGACAGGCAAGCCUGGCUGGAUAGUAGGAAACAAUGAUGACACCGUCAUAUUUGGACAGAUUGGUGGUGAUGGCGUGGUAAUGGCGUUGAAAGAUGGGUUGCGCUGCGUCGAGAUUACGCACCGAGUUUCUGAAGGAGAUGAUACUACACAAGUCUACAGGCCCAAUGCGUACAGAGGAACUUGGGAAGUGAGCUUUGAAAUCUCGGAGAUGGAGAUCUGGAGUGAGCUGGAUCAAUAG